AUGCCUCAUCGCUCGGACAAUACGUCGCUUCAGAGCUCCUGGAAUAGUAGCAGCAUCAGGAAGUUGCUCUGGCCGUCGCAGAUGCAGAGUUUGUAUGGUUCUCGCAUGAAUGGCAUCAGUGUCAACCAACGAGAUAGAAGUUUGGUAGGUGGUACCAAAGGAUGGACUAGAGGGUACAACGCAGCUUGCCUUCAUAUUCAAGAUGACGGUUCUUAUGAAUUUAUCGGAAAAAUUGUUCGAGAAUCUCCCAACGGCAAUAUGCGGAGAAUAAUCUUCCUCGAAUGUGCUGGUACCAAUAUCGUGUUGCAUCUAGACGCGGAGCGUUUUCACGGAACCUCUGUCUGGAUGACGAUAAAGCAUGCCAGAAAGCUCAUUGCUCCUGGUGUAUGGCUCUCAGUCUCUGCUGCACUCUGCGAUGAUGAUGGUGGCACCGGUGUAACGACGAAAUCAUCCCAAAAGAUAGAAAUUGUACUUAACGCAACGAGAAUCGUUGUUGAAAGUGCUUUACCAUCGUCCCCGUACCUAGCCCGCCUUUUUUCCUUUUCCAAUCAGGAGCUACAACUGUUGUUCCCCGGAAAUGUUGUCGGGUCCGUGUCAAGCCGUCUCCUUUCCGCCGUCGAGCCGUGCGAUAUUGCCCGGUGCGAAGAUCUUUGCAAGAUCUGUCGGCUUCAAAAGCGAGAGGGUAAUGCUGCCACUCUCUUUAGACGACAAGAGCUCAUGAGUCUUUGUGAAGACAUGAGGAUCCACAAUUGCUGGACGAGAUCUCGGUAUAAUGCUCCUGGACCAACGAAACGUUUCGCGUGGGAAUCAUUACAUCGGAUGGAACAGCUGUGGUGCUGUGAACGAGAUGGCUCGAUUGAAGAACACGGAGUUUACAUGGAGGAAGGCCACAAAUUUGAUUCCACUGGCCAUAGCAAGAAUGGUCAAGAGAUGAAGUAUGCGGAAAGGCUGGUUUUUCAUGGGAUCGAUGUCGAUCCUUCACUCAAUAUACCUGAUUUGAGCGACAAGAGGCGACUUCAGUAUAGUGAACAAAGGAAGCGUCCGCAAGUUCAGUGGAUGCUAGAGAAGAUUCUGGCCCUCGUUGGUUCUGAUCGAGAAGGCCGGAUCCAAGGUGAAAGCACGCGCAAAAUACACUUGGUCGAUAUAGGAGGAGGGCGUGGGGACCUUUCGAUGGCAGUCGCUGCCUUCUUUUGUAAUAGCAAAAGUCACAAUAUCACCGAUGCCCACGUCACAGUUCUUGACGUCAACGAAAGUUCCCUCCGGUCUGGAGAAGAAAGAGCAAGAUCAGCAGGUCUCGACUCGAAAAUUUCCUUUGUUCACUGUGAUAUCAGUCAAAAUUCGCAAGUAGACGAGUUUUUGAAAAGCGACACGUAUGGUUUGUUUUAUGGUCUCCAUUGCUGCGGAGGCCUUGCAGAAGCUGCUGUAGAAAUUGCUCUUCGAGCACAGACUUCGUUCUGUAUAUCUACUUGCUGCUUCAGGUCAAACCAGAUUCUGGCGUGUUUGACCCGUCGUGCUGAUUUCAUGUUUCGCAGCGAUGCCAACCAAAAGUCAUUAGAAAAAUUUCGUGACGAUAUUAGGCGUGUUUCGGUUCUUUCAACCGGAGCUUCAUCUGGUGGACAGCAUAGGGCGAUUAGAGCACUGAACGCAAUGCGCCGCGCAGCUGCCGAAGAUUUAAUGGCAUCGAGGAAUCAGGUAGGGAAAUCGCUUACAGUAUCGCAGGAAUCAUUCCCGGUCCAAUUUUCUGUUCAGAAUCGAGUGUUGAUUGGAAGGAUGAAGGCCAAUGGGUCAACGAAAGAAGGCUUAUAG